AAAGGACUGGACCGCUAGAUGACGUAUGUAAUACACCAUUUGUGAAACGCAGCGCCUUGUUUUAGCGUGUUCUUGGCCUCAGUUACGGCUGAGGGACACUGUAAGAAUUGCAAAGCGAAUCUUUAAGUUGAUGGCUCAAAUUUUAAAGCCUUGUUCGUGUCAGAAGUUACAGAUGCGAUAAAAACGAACGAUAAGUGCUAUAAACAAAAUCAACAAGUCAGCACCGAAUUCACCGAGCUGUAUUGUCUGCUGACGUCAUCGGCCUCGAAAGGCAAUCGAUAAUGGGAAGAUAGGUCCUAUAACACGUCUAUAAAAUGAGUUGGUGCAAAAACGAACCGGAACGAAGCGCAUACAAAGCACAAUGAAGAGCUAGCUUUUCGACACCUCCUCCGAUCCCGUGUGACCGCGUCCGCAAGUGUUCCAGUGUCAGAGGCCGUCCUUGAAGUUGGCCGACACAAAGCUGUGAUGACUGCGCGCUGUUCGGAGCUGUAGGCCGCGCCGCUAUCGGGCCGUUCCGGCGCGUCUGGAGACGUUCCCACGGCGGCGUACGAGGGCACGAGCAGGGUACCCUUACCGUGGCAGUGGCACUUCUAGCCGAUCCGCCGUGCCGCGCGCGCUGACCGCUCGCGUGGCUGGUACCGCUCCUCCUCUGUCUGCCCCGCUCUCCGUGACCUCCGUCCGUCUCUACCGCACCGGCUGCCGAUCCCCUCCGUACCUACCCGUCGACCAGGAAAACACACAGCUAUGUCUCCCUCACUGCUGUUGGUGCUCUCCGCGGCCGCGCUGUCCGUCUCGGCCAACGACCGGCCUAUCAUCGGCAUCCUGGCGCAGGAGACGACUCCCGACAUCGACGACCUGUUCCCGGAGCUCAACUACACCAGCUACGUGCAGGCGUCCUACGUACAGUUCGUGGAGUCGGCCGGCGCGCGCGCCGCGCCCGUCUUCAUCCACCGCUCGCAGAAGUACUACGAGGACAUGUUUUAUCAACUCAACGGCCUGCUGCUGCCCGGAGGCAAUAGCCAGCUGGACUCUGAGGGCUUCGGCGCCGCCUCGCGGGCGUUCUGGGACCUGGCGCACGCGCACCCGGAGGUGCACUUCCCCAUCUGGGGCACGUGCCAGGGCCACGAGGAGCUGGCGUUCCUGGCCGGCGGCGCGGAGGUGAUCGAGGCCUGUGACGCCGAGAACCAGCUGGUGGCCGUGAGCCCCGAGCCGGCGCUGCUCGAGAGCAGGCUGUUCGCCAACGCCACCGCCGAGCAGCUGGCGCUGUUCACGGUCGAGCCGAACGUGGUCAUGUUCCACUCGAACUGCGUCUCCCCGGAGAGCUUCUCGCGGCUGGCGGAGGAGUUCCGCACGCUGGCCACCAACACCGACCGCCAGGGCGUGCCGUACGUCUCGAUCGUGGAGCACCGCCAGCUGCCCAUCUACGGCGUCCAGUUCCACCCGGAGAAGGCCGCCUUCGAGUGGUCCACGCUGGAGCGGGUGGACCAGGUGCCGCACUGGGCCGACGCCGUGGAGGCCUCCCAGUACCUGGCCAACUUCCUGGUGGCUGAGGCGCGCCGCAGCGAGGCCGUGUUCCCCAGCGAGGCGACCGAGCAGGCGGCGCUCAUCUACAACUACCCGGCCUACUUCACCGCCGCGCGCGGCUCCACCUUCCAGAUGUGCUACUUCUUUGACGACAGCGAGUACAUGUGAGCAGGGGGCCGCGCGGGGAGAGGUUCAGGCCGGGGCGCCGAGCGGGGCUGUGCGCCGGACGGUACGGGAGCCGGGCACACGGAGCCGGCGCACGGUGGUCGGCACUGAGCGGCGCUGGCUCAACAGCAAAUAUAGAUGUGACGGCCAUCAGGCAGCGGUUAUCGAAACAAUGCAAAUUAUAGGUGCACAGAGAAAAAUGGCAAGUUUCCUCAUCAGAAUACAUGCAAAUAACCCAUGAUGAGCAUUUCGAAUCCCAACAGUAGCACCUAAGCUGGAUAAAGUUUUGCGUGGCAAAUAGGUAGGUACCUACGUGUUGCAUUGGCCCUCUCAUCACUGAACGGUGCUACACGCAUUAGUCACGACACCAAUCAAAGCGAUUUUUUUUUUUACAAAACUCGGUUAUCGUCGCGACCUCAUCGCAUUCCGUGCUUUUGAGACUCUCAGUUGGAACGUGUCUUUGUAUUCAAUACAUCAACUCAUAGCCAGGCGCUACAA